AUGUUCAGUGGUAAGAAGUCCCAGCAAACCCUUGCGCGCGAGGAAAGAGCACAACGUCGAAGCCUGAAGAAUACACCUAGUGCUACGGAAUCAUCCCCACCACCCUCACAAGAUCUCGUCGUCGUGAACUGGGUAUUCUUGCCACUCCUCGACUCGGAAUCGUGCAACGUGGUCGAAAUCCCGCGUUCCUUGUUCGAAGGGGUAUCGAAAAACGCGAGGAAAAAGUUUGCCAAGGAAAUUCUCAACGACUAUAAAUUCCAUGCAGAAGCAGCAUCAAUCAAGUUCCACAAAGUUGAGGGAGAGGUGAAUCUCGAGGAAACUUCGAGAAGUGGAGACAAAACCAAGAACAGGCGCAUUGUCCAUCUGGCCGUCAAUGCUCUGAAGGAGGCUUCGACUAUGGAGACCGAAGAUGUGGCAGAGCUGCCUGAAAUUAGACAGUAUAGGAAAGCUCAAGAAGACUUGGCCACGGCGAUACACGACGGCCGUUACGCUAAAGGAGGGUCGACCCAAGCCCCACCUAUCGAGAUAUUCCAUCCCGUCUUCGGAGACUUCCUUCGCAUCGUUAGUGACAAAGGACAUCAACCUUCCGUCGAGGACAUACGAAACGUCCAGGAGCUAUCCAAUCUUCUGUCGGAACUUGAUGAGACAAACGAGACUAGUCGGAACGUCCGCACUCGUGGGGUUCUGAGCAGGAUUUUGGGGGUUGAAAUUUACGAUGAAAGCAAUGCUGAUUCGACCCGGUCGGAUGGUGUUUACACAAUCAUGGUCGAGGACAAACGCAUUCCUGUGCUACUUGGAGAAUUCAAGAAAGAGCUGGGCGAAGGAUCCUGCGAUCCGAGUACCCAGGCGGCUCUUUCAAUUAGGCGAUCAUGGCUCCUUGACGAAAGAAAUGAAACUCGUGAUCGAUGCUGCUGUCCUACAUUCCUCCUGGCAGGCGGUGGUCCUUGGCUAUGUGUAAUGGGUUCAGUGCUUACCGACAAGGUCAUUGUUCAACGACUCACAGACAUGAUGUGGCUCUCCCAAUCAUCCUCGGAAGAGGCAGAGCGUAUUUACAAGGUCGCUCGUGUCCUCUCUGCCUUGCGCAAAUGCCUGAAGACUUUGACUGAAUACUACCGUGAGACCGUCCCUCGCAUCCCCCCCAUCACCAAGGGCUCACCCCACCCCCGCUUCUAUCCUAAUCCGAGCUCGUACAAAGGUGAUACCGGGAAGGUUACGUUCCAGUACCUCGAAUUCCUGGAAGAACGCGACGAUUGUGUCACUUUUCGUGCGAAGAUAACAUCCUCUAAUGAACCCGUGGUCGUCAAGUUCGUUUCAGCUUACGGUGCUGAGGUGCAUCGUUUUCUGGCAGAGAAAGGGCAUGCGCCUCGCCUCAGAUACUAUGGUCCACUUCCAAAUCCAUAUGAACCCCUACUCCGAUCGCCUGUUACCGAGAGUGCUCCUCCUGGUCUGACGUUUGGAUCUAUGAAGAUGGUGGUCAUGGACUACAUCGACUCAGCAACGAAGCCCCCGCCGGACGCCCGCAAACAGGUAGAGGGUGUUCUCGAACUCCUGCAUCCUGCAGGAUAUGUGUUUGGAGACCUCCGCAGCCAGAACAUCCUCUUCGAUUCUGAAGACAAGGUCAAAUUCAUCGACUUCAACUGGACCGGUCGGUAUGAUAUGACUAUCAAGGAUGCCUCCGGAGUACCUGCGCGUAUUCAAAAGCUUAUCGACGAGAAAUCUGUUGGUUGGGCGAAGCCUAAGGAGGGUUACUCCCACUACCCUUAUAAUAUAAACUUGGAUUCUACAAUCGGUUGGCCAAAAGAUUUAGGUCCACUGCAACCGAUUCGUCCUGCACAUGAUUGGCACAUGUUGGAAGAAUUACCUUACUAG